GCUCUCUGGUUUUAAGUUCCCUGUGUAAAAAUGCAUGGCUGUUGGGAGGGAGCUCUGCCCGGCUGCUGCUGCAGGACAGAGGGUGGCUGCAUGGACAGACAGCACCGUGAUUGGAGCCCUUGUCCUCGCGGUUGGGAUUUAUGCAGAAGUUGAAAGACAGAAGUACAAAACUCUAGAAAGUGCCUUUCUAGCCCCAGCAAUUAUUUUAAUACUUUUGGGCAUUAUAAUGUUCCUCGUAUCUUUUGUGGGUGUACUGGCUUCUUUAAGAGAUAAUUUAUGCCUUCUUCAAGCCUUCAUGUACAUUCUUGGUAUCUGCUUGCUGAUUGAGCUGACUGGUGGAGUGGUGGCCCUGAUCUUCAGAAACCAGACAAUCAACUUUUUGAAUGAUAAUAUAAGAAGAGGAAUUGAGAAUUACUAUGAUGACUUAGACUUCAAGAACAUCAUGGAUUCUGUACAAAAGCAGUUUAAGUGCUGUGGUGGGGAAGAUUAUAAAGAUUGGUCACAAAACGUGUACCAUGACUGUGCGGCGCCAGGACCACUGGCCUGUGGGGUGCCAUACACUUGCUGCGUCACAAAUAAGACAGACACUAUCAACACUAUGUGCGGAUACAAAACCAUUGACAAAGAGCGCUUGAGUGUUCAGCAUGUUAUAUAUGUCCGUGGGUGCACGAAUGCAGUGCUUAUUUGGUUUUUGGACAACUACAGCAUCAUGGCCGGCGUGCUGCUCGGCAUAUUACUACCCCAGUUCCUGGGAGUGUUGUUAUCCUUGCUUUACAUAACUCGGGUGGAAGAUAUCAUCACCGAGCACAAGCUGAGCGAAAGACUGUUUGAAGAAGCACAGCAGAGAUCUGCCUCCGAGUUUGCCGGAGCCGGCUGCUGCAUGUGUUACCCGGGGUGACUUUGGAAACCUCAAAUAUAGUUAAAAAAAAAAAGCAAAUCCACCUGUUCUGGUUUGUGGUGGCUUCUGCGGCUAUUACAGACUGCGGGUGUAAUGAAUCGGCCAGCAGACCGGCGGCGGGGCGGCGGCGGGGCGGUACCGCCC